GCCAGAGGGAGCUUUCAGUCUGCGGGGUGAGAUCAUUACCAGACACCAGGCUCCGGAACCUGACAUUCACCGAUCGGAAAAGCAGAGAGAGAGAGAGAGAGACAGAGUGAGCGAGUGAAAACCCUGAACCAAUGCAACCGGCGAGGAAAAGCGACCUAAACCAACCGUCUCCUGCCUCGGCUCCUCAGUCUCCCGUAGGCUACUGGCGGCUGAAAGCGCGGUUUUGCCGCUGACAUUUUUCCCGCUGGAUUUGGGCUUGUAGUCGGAUGCGGGCUUGUUUUGACUGCAGUAAUAGUCCUACUCCCCCCUCCUCCCCUACCAACCGAGUAGCGGAUUUGCGAGGGAUCUCAGCGCUGUGCAGCUCCCCGAGUGACCAGCGAUCCUGCAAGGCACCGGAGACGCACUCUGCACCGCCGCGGCUCCCCACCACACCAGUCAAUCCGCAAGAGCCUCUAAAGAUCUUAUUUCUGUGAGGAAUUGGACAUAAGCGUCAAGUUUGCGAUUGGAUUUUUUUUCUUUCCUGUGCCGCUACCUUGCUUCUGUCAUCAGAUCGGCUGAAAAUCCCAUUUUCGUUUUUUUUCUUUCCAAAGCACCGUUGACGCCAUUUUCCUCGGGGUUUUCUGUCAAAAAAAAAAAAAAAGAUAUAUAUAUACAUAUAUUCUGGCACCGUUUGACAGCUCCCCGGGAGGCUGUCAUCCCAUCCGUCGCUUGUGUAAAAUGUGUCUAAAUGGAUUGUAAAUGAUCUUGAUAAAAUAUUUACACGUUAGAGCCGAGUGUGUGACAACAUUAGACAUGGACUGUCCCUGGCUUCGCUGUGUUCCUGUGGGACAACCAACCCAACCCCAGUAGGUGAUUGACAACAACCAACCAGCCCGACAGAUUACUGUUCUCUAUCUUCCCAUUGGCUGGCUGCCACAGCUUCCCCCAUCCUGACUGGCUCUGGCUGGAGCGUGGAUGGAGCCAAGGGAUCUGGUUGGCUCGGCCCGACCCAAAGAGGCGGAGUUACAAGGAGGCAGGGUGGGGCCAAAUGAAGAGGACCAGGAAGGAGCAGGGGGCAUCAGUUUGCCGCGCAGUGAUGAUGUGAUUAAUGGUGCCAUCAGCGAAGGGGAGGGGCUAGAGGAGCAGGUAGAGGGGCUUCUGGAGGAGCAGGAGUUCUCCAUCAAGGAAGCAAGUUUCCAGGAAGGAAGUCUAAAACUGAAGAUUCAGACCACCAAGCGCACCAAGAAGCCCCCCAAGAACCUUGAGAACUACAUUUGCCCACCGGAGAUCAGGAUGACCAUCAGACCUCCGGUUGGAGAGGGCAAAGGGGGGCGGCAGGGACGGACAGGAGGCGGGGCAGGGCGGGGCCAGAAAGACGAAGAACGAGGACCCCCCAGAAAAAGGACAUACGAGCGCCAGUUCAGAAUGCCUGAGCAGAGAGAGGGAGGCCUGCUGCAACUACUGGGAGAUCACACUCUGCCCAAACACCAGCUUCGCAGCUCCCUCCCUCCUGCACACACACUCUCACACACACAGCAAACACAGCACACCCUCAUGCAACAAUUCCAACACCCUCAUGCACAUCAGCACCAAAUAAAUCCGGACUGGAUCACGCCUUCAGCACCUUCUGCAUCCCCGGCCAAUCGUGCAGAUUCUGAGCCAGCCAGGGAACUGGCAGGAGCCAGUAGGAGCUCUUUGCUUGAUCCAGCCCAACCUUUCUCACGAACAGCGACACAAAGCCCCUCACCUCAGAGAUCCCUGACUCCAGACCUGCAGUUGCCAGUGGUUACAGAUGCCAGUAUUCUCAACCUAACCUCUCUCAGCAGGGGGAAGGGUUUGCAAGAGGUCAGUGAAAUGCUCUUUGGGAACAUCAAGAGGAAGUACGGCAGGAAGGACUCCCAGAGGAUGCUCUGUAAUCCCCACAGUGCUGAUACACCUUGGGGAAGACAGCCAGAGAAAGGAUCGGAAAGCCCAACUAAUUCCGAGGAGAGGCAGAAGUACAGGCAAGAGGAGACAGCUCAGCGGUUUCAUGAAGAAAGAGAGGCAAGGAGAAAAGAGGAAAGAGAGCGAGCGAUUGCUGGGAGGAGAAGUGAUGAAGAAGACAGAGGGAUGCCCAUGCUGACAGAGGAAGGGAAAGGAAGAAAGAGGCGGAGGAGGCCUUCUUUUGAUGAGUCAUUUUGUGUAGAUGAGCAAUUACAGGACUCUGACACUACAGAGAAGCACCAGCCUGGGCCCCCAGAACCCAAAGUAGCACAUAAGAUGGAGACUCACAAAAAUGAAUCUCGACUCAUAAGUCACGCUGAUGUCAGUAGAGAGAGGAUAGAAAAAGCAGAGAGAGCAGAUAAAGGCGAUAAAAGAGAAAAAGGAGACCGGGCAGAAAGAGGAGAGAUAGUUAUAAGCGGGUCUGACUUAAUGUCAGUUUUGAGUGCAAAUAGAAUGAAAAAGAACCCAGUGGGUCGUCCUAAGAUCAGCACAGACGCCCUUAAACACAGAGAGCCUACUCACAAUCACAUCAACAAAGCCAGUCUUAACACAAACCCCAGACUCCCUAGCCCAAACCCCAGCCUCAGGGGCAGCAUCAGUCCUAGCCCAAGCCCUAAACCCAGGGCUAACAUUAGCCCCAGUCUCAGCCCCAGCCACAGCACCAGCUCCACAGCCAGUUCCAGACAAACCAAGGCCAAGGACAGAUGGUCCUACCUGAAAGCUAAAAGCCAUGCCAGCCUCACGUCACCCCAGAGAGACAACCGGGGUAGCCCCUCGAUCUUAACUGACCCACCCUCUGCCUUCCCCAUCACCCCCUCUAGCCCCCUCUACACCAACACUGACAGCCUGACUGUCCACACACCCGUUAAGAGGAAACGAGGACGCCCCAAAAAACAGCCACUCCUUACAGUGGAGACCAUCCAUGAAGGUACCUCCACCUCACCUCCAAGUCCACUGGCACAGGAUACCGCUGCAGGGCUAAACCGUAGGAGGAAGACACACACACUUAACACAUUAGUGCAAAUGGCCUCCACGACCACCAGCGCCAAUUCUAAUCUGAAACUAAAGCGUGGCAGGGGCCCUUCCAGGCCAGUGAAUAAGAUGAAGCUUGGGAAAAUGCAGAGCAUCCUGAAUGAGAUCCUUUCAGGUUCCAGUCAGAACGGCGCUCUGGCUCUGAAGUCAUCUUCAGCCCCUGUUUCCUCAGCUAUGAGUGCCAUGGCGUCCACCAUUGAGGCUCGGCUGGGAAAACAGAUAAAUGUCAGCAAGAGAGGAACCAUCUACAUUGGUAAGAAGAGAGGGCGGAAACCCAGAGCAGAAACCCAAGGCUUAAACCCUCCCAAAACCACUAGGGACAAGCCCCUCAUGUCUGUCUCCACAUCCAGUCUCUAUGAGAGCCCUGUAGUGCCUUCUGCCACCUUGUCUCCCAGCUCCAGCGCUCCAUCCAUAAGAAACAGCCACUCUGAUGUCACUAUGCCCAGUUUGCAGCCCAUCUCAGCCCUGCCCUCCAAGCCCGCAGGCAGGAGCUUCCUCUCUGGGGGAUGGAAACUGUCUCCUCCACGCCUUCUGGCUAAUUCCCCUUCCCACCUGUCAGAGGGGGCAUCAGUGAAGGAAGUGACCCUGUCCCCCAUCAGCGAGUCCCACAGUGAGGAGACUAUUCCAAGUGACAGUGGGAUUGGGACAGACAACAACAGCACCUCAGAUCAAACUGAGAAGGGCCCCGCCUCUCGACGCAGGUAUUCAUUUGAUCUGUGUGGGUUUGAGGCUGCGGAGGCAGCAGCCCUGGAAGCAUCCAACAGGGGCAGCAGAGCACGCUGUGAACGGCAAGUAACUGCUGUUGACAACUUCCUGUCACAGCAGGAAAAGAAGCAAAAGCAUCAUCGACGGAAGAGGAAGUGCCUACAGAGCCGGGAUCAUCUUCACUUUCUUUCUGAACUGGAGGAGGUUGUGACAAAGCUCCAGCAGCUACGAGUGUCUCACAGACGAUACACCUGCUACCCCCAGCAACCAUAUCCCUCCAUUUUCCGCCUCAACUUCCAUCAUUACUAUCCUGUUACCUAUGACUCCUACCCCUGUGACUCCAGCUCGUACCUCCGCAGGAGCGCCGAUCUGAAGGCUAAGAGGAGACGUGGCCGUCCAGCCAAACCCAGCGAGCCAAUCACAUCGAAGCUGCCUUUUGUUCAAGGAUAUGGUUAUCCGCUGGCAGGGGGAAAUUACUAUGCAGCACCGUAUGCGAUGCCUUACGCACCUCCUCUGAGUUUGGGCUACUUUCCCCCUGCUCCCCCAUUUUAUCUGCCCCACCACUCGCUAGGACCUGCACCUCCAUCUCCCUUCAUGAGGCCUGCUGUACCCCCUCCGAAGGCUUUCCACUCCAGUGGACACUCAAAGCUCCAGCCAGGGGCCAAGCUUCGCGGUGGCAGUGGCCCACUUCAGGGGCCCUCUGUAAGAGGAGAGGGCCUGGGAUCCCUGGGCACUGGCAGUGCAGGUGGUCUUGCAGGGGUUCGUCUCCAUAAGAGGAAGCACAAGCACAAACAUAAGCACAAGGAUGAACCCCUCCUUUCACUGCGAGACCGGCAGGAAUUGGGUGGGCUCUUCAGCGGCGCAAAGACCAAUGCACGUCUCAGCAUGCUGAGUGACAGGAGGGACAUGGCCAGUCAGGGCUCUUCAAAGCAUCUGGAGAAGCAGAGGGGCAGUAGUAGAGGCUCAAGCCUGGGAUCCAGCUUUGGGAUGUUUGAGUCGGACCAGCUGUCCACACACUCUCUCGCUGACAGCCAGUUCCACUCCCGUCAGACUCGACAGCCAAUAAACAGCUUCAUGAGCAGCUACAGUAGCCAAUCGCAGCGGUCAGAGUCAGCUUCUGACCUGUUUUUGGGGUCACGGGAGGACGACUGUGGUGGGAGGAGUAGGAAGACGAGGCUCACUGUGUUUGGAGAUCAGGGCUUAAUGUCAUUCCAAACUGCCAGGCAGGAGCCAGGACAGAUGAACAACUGCUCCAGUUCCUCCCUCACUGAUGUUCCCAGUAAGCGGAGAUAUAAGCGACGUGAGGUGGAACAGAUCCAGAAGGACGUGAGGAGGAUGCAUUCUUUGAACUUUGAGCAUGUGCAGAAGAUCCUCCGUGCCAAGCGCCUGCAGCGACAAGCCAAAACAGGAAACAAUGUCAUUAAAAGACGGCCUGGGCGGCCCCGAAAACAACCCAUAGUGGAAUCAGAGCCGACUAAUAGGAUGGCGAACGAUCGGGCUGAUGGUCAAGGUUUGGACAUGUUUGCCGGUAGGAGAGGUGAUGGGAGGACUCAGGGGAUGCCUGUCCUGGAGAGGUGUGAUGACCUGCCAGGUAGGCAGAGCCUCAGGCAAAGCUUGACCCCGGAGCAUCUGGAGUUCUCAAAUCAUGAUUCCAUCUCCGCAACAAUUGAGACUGUGGUGCAUCAAGCGCGAUCUGUGCCUCCACUGGCCAAAGGGGGGAAACGCAGAGGCAGGGGCCACAGCAGGGACCAGUUAUGGGCUCCUUCCAGUCAGUAGACCGGCAAGAGAGAGCAACUCUGUAACUGAACGGAAAGCAGUUGUUGGAGUCAGUGCUGUUUCAGAUGCAUUGCCCUUAUUUCUGGGACUCCUUGGUGCACUUUGACUUGUUUCUCCUCUCUGAUUAGUGAGGACUACAGAGGGUCAGUGGAGGAGCAGGAGGAGGGAGCACUUCCACUUGCUAAACCCAACCAGACAUGAGCCUUUUAAGGAUUCAUUGGACCUUCAUUUACAAUGGCACUAUAUGGUACUAUUUGAUACUGAAUCUGAUGCUAUAAAAGUGUGUGGUACUUAGUGUAGGAUAUUAUGUGAUUCUUUAUGUAUCUGAUACAGUGAUGUGUAUUGUAUUUUAUGAUACUGUAUCUGAAUGUGGCUUUAGCCAUAUAUUUACCAGCAAGGGGAGGGGUAAUGGUUAAUAUUAAACUGUGCAGCUCUGCUUAUUUUUGCCUUUCUGAGGAAGCUUGUCAAAGACAUGUGGGAUAAAACAGCAGUAAUUCAGCCACCUUACCCUAUUACUUACUCCCUUAUCUGUACCUUCCUUGUUUUUUUCUUCUCUCCGAGGAGUAACUGAUACUUGCUGGCAGCUCCUCAUCCCUGGUCCUCCUCCCCGCUCGACACUCACCCCAAUUUUUUAGCCCUCCCUGGUGCCUGCCGCUCAACUUCACCUACCUUUGUCCUCUCAUCUACUCCCAAUCAUGUUUUACAUUUCCCAUUGCUUGUGCUCCCUCAACCUACCCCCUGUUUCAUUUAAUUCUCCCUCCCUGCUCAGGCCUGUCCUGUGCAGUGACAUAGAGGCAAUAUGGUGGAUGAGACUGUCCCAGACUGUACAUAGAAACCAAGUCCACUGUUGCCUGCCUUGUACAAUGAGAAACCAGCUCGUAGACAUGUACUGGCAUACAGUAUAUCAAAUAGAAUUGUUGUACCAUAGACAAUGAAAGUUGUGUAUUGUUUUAUAACCAAAAACAGACAUGGGUGCGACUCAAGACAAGUUUGUUUUCAGACAGAAAGAACCACAUAUAUUCAUUCAUACACUCAUUAUUGUGUUUAUAUCCAGCGGGCAUUGCAUUGCAUACAGGAGGAAUAUCAGGUGUGUUUUUGGUAAAACUUAAAAUUGGUUUAUUGCACUAUGAAAAACCAUACACUUGCAUCAAUCAAAUGCAGCACUUACAUGCUUGUUCCAGCCUUAUGUUUUGGCCUUCGAUGGUGUGGAUAUCCAUUCCAGAGAGCAUGCAUUAUUUUAAUCAAUUUGUAUAUGCAGGCUGCGCAGCCAAAAGCGUAAAACUGAAGCCCAAGCCUGAAUCGUGACUGGACAGUUCAGCUGAAGAAGAGGGCUCACAGUCAGUGUUUUAAAAAGCCGAUCCCAGUCUUUCUACUUAACAUGAUUUUUAAUCCAUAUCCUUGGAAAUAUUUUUUUGAAAGUAAAUCCAGUAUUUAGAUUUAGAAACCAAAGUCUCAGUAUUCAAUGUAAGGAUGUAUUAUUUAAAAGAAUCUAAAUCAGAGUUUGACAAACUCUCCACCAUGUUGGCACCAAUGUAAAGCAUCCCUAUGUGCACUCUAGAAUGUAGCCAUCUUGGAUUUGUUUGUGUCAAUAUGUCAAGCCUUUGUUAAACUCUAUCUACAGUAUCUGUGGCUUUGGGUAGUGGUUGGUAUUUUCUCGAAUAGGUAUUUCAGAAUAUAAGCAAUGGAUCAGUGUUUCUUUGACAACUUUGGUUUUAUUUCAGGAAAUUCAGUUUUCUUUGGGUUGGGUGGGAUUCUCAGUUGCAGCAGUUCAACUUGUGCCUUAUGUUUCUUUCUCUCACCAAUUACAUUUGACCUGAGAAAUAUCAAGUGGCAGAGAACUCCCCAGAAAUUGACCCAAAAUAUUCAUGAUUGUUCAUAUGACGCAUGUGUCUUAGUCAUCAGAACCCUGACACUGCCCGUGUCCCUUCACAGCUUCCAUAGUCAGCAUUCUCUGUCACCGGGCACUGAGUCUGUCUCCCAGCUUCCUCCUAGUUUUCUGACCCAUAUCAUCAUAACAGAACUAGAAGGGCUGGGCUGAUGAAUAUAAUGUGAUAUUACUGUAUUGAAUACACACCAUGUAGUGGCCUACAUACUGCUUUACAGCAGUGGUGGAAACACGAUGGUCCACUGUGUCAGAUGUGUUUCUAUCCAGAGAUAUUGAUUAAACUCAAUGUCCCACAUAUAAUUGAGGAUCAUUUACUCUGCCUAGUAUUUAACCAGUUAUUUAAAACAGAUAACUGGUUAUGCACUUGGCGAAGGAGGAUGUCAGAGGUGGUUGUCAUGGAAACCACAUUCUCCUACAUUGCUGUUUGCUAUGCAUCAGGCCAUGCCUGGCAAUGACCUUAAAAGGAAUUUCUGUUCUGGGUCCACCCUUCGACAAAGAGAAAUAAGUGGUCUUAUUUACUGAAUAAAAUGAAUUAAUGUUACAAGAAUUGUGAAUAAUACCAGUAAUAAUUUGUAAUAAGUUGUGCAGAAAGUGACUAUCAUUUCAUGAAAACUAUAGUUACUGCAGCUCUAUGCAGUACAGCCUUAACCAGAUGUAAAACUACAGUAUUGAAGUGUUUGUUGUAAAUAGUGUUAGUAUGUCCAUCCUGCAUGGAUACUGGUUGGGCUCGGCUAUGCUGGGACUGUCUCCUAAAACCACAGUAGAUCUUCUCUCUCUAUUAAGACUGCUCAAGACCCAGGAAAACAUACAAAAAUGGUUAUUCUAAUUGAUUUGCCUAUUCGACAAAUUCUGCUGUACAUUGACAGUCAUCGUUCCAGUCCGUUAAAUUACACAGAAUGCUAAAAUAAUUUGCCUUAUCACACCUUUAAAAGUUCUUGGAGGAUAAAAGCCCCACUGUAGUGUACUCGACCAAAAAUAGGAAUCCCCGCUGACUUUCAGCUAUUUUGCCUGCAGCCAGUUGGGCCAGUGCGGUAGCACGAAGAGUAAGCAAGAGUGUUGUGUGUGGGGGGAGUUCUCAGAGGAAAUAGCCAAAAAUACACAAAGUUAGUGUGCUUAACCUUGCUUUGCUAGAUGACUUUUGGUGGGUCUGCAGUCGGUUGUGGUGAAGAUGAGGUCUAGAUUUGUGGUCUGUGAGGUGUAGAGACUACAUGCUUGGCAGCUUACUCCAUACUGUGGUCAGCAGUUUCUGAUGUUAGAGUUAAAGACCCCAGGUGUUGUCUGUCCUGUCUGUCUCUCCUACCAGCCAAUGCUCCGGUGCCUUCUAACACUGACAAGUAUUGUCCCAAUCCAGAGCUUUCACUCUAUACAGAGACUGCAGAGGGGAUGUGGCUGUGAAUAGGGUUCAAGGUCACUGUUGUUGUAUUUAGCAGCUAAUCUGGACCAGACGCUACAGGAGGCCCCUAAGCACUGAUGUAAGGAUCUUUACCUUGUUUUUGGUCCUAGCAUCAAGGGCAGCGCAGUUUGACCUUAAAUCAGUGGUUGAGGUGUAUUUACUGAAGUCAACACUUACCAGUUCACUACAGCGACUAGAAUGGGAUAUAACGGCACCUACAUUUCUAUCACCCCCUAUUCCCUUUGUAGCAUGCUGUGAUGAGUGUCCUACACAUGGAGUGAGGGGGUCACGUGAGACAGAACCUCAUAAAUGUACAUGUAGUCAUCCUCACAGCAUACGUUACAGUUCUAAGCUAUAAUGUUGUUCAAAGCUGAAAGUGCAGAUGAAGCAUUGAGAAAACCAAUAAAUGUACUUGUUUAGAGCACAAAGUGAGCUCUUCUAACAGUGUGGGCAUAUUUUAGUUUGUAUACAUAGUGUAUUUCAACCUUUUUCUAGAGUGGGUUUCCUUUAUUUGCAUGCUCACCUUGAUUGUAUGCAUAAAUAUUUUAGACAAGCCGAAAGUUGAAUUUCAAUUGAAUUUUGAGCAGGACUUGUACAUUGUUUGAUAUGUUUCUUUUUGUAAUGGAUUUUUUAAUUCAUGAAGCAUUUUUGUACAUUGUAUGAAUAUUAAAAACUGCAAAUAUUUGACAUAUAGAGUAAAUACUAGAUGCGCAUGCAUAUGCAUAUAUCCUUCACAGUAUGUAUGUGUAAAUGUACACAUAUAUUUUGUAUUUGCAUUUGCUGGCAUACAGAUAUAUGUCUUAAGCACAUAUAUACAUGCAAUAUAUAUGUAUAUCCAUGUCCGCUGGCAUGCUUUUGGUCAUGUUUAUCUUUCAUGAUCUUGUAGGUUCAUAUUUUGUUUUGUUUUAUUUCUCUUUCCUCAGAAAGAAAAGCUCAUUCUUUUGCUACCCUUCUGUUGGCUGGCAGUGUUGAGCACUUAUUAAGAAGAACUACAGUUGAAGUUGUUCAUGUUAUCCAUUGUGUGAAAUAAUAAAUGACUUUAUUGACAGCU